GAUCCCUAACCGUCCAUGCGAACAGCGUAGGAUUUACGGUCAAGAAGAGAUUCAUUCAAUGCAAGGUUCCCUUUUGUUUAUGUUACAAAGAAUAAAGGAGGACAACUCCCCACAGAACGAAGUUGUCUGUUCUUGUUUAAUCCCCCUUUUCUGAGACGCCCAAAUAAUCCAAGCUUCGAAUAAGGUCUUUGGUCAUUGGAUUGACCGCCCUGGCUUCGCAGUCUAUAUUUGAUCCAGAAAAGGAAAUCGUUGAAGAAGAAACUGCGGAAACGAAUCGGGGAGAGACAUUUACUGGAUUGGAUCAGAAAUCAAUAUGGUAGGGAGUAACUCUUCCCCCGGGGGGCAGGAUCAGAAUCAAGAUGACAAUGGUGUGCCUUCUGAGAUUGAGGGGUCUAUUGAGAGUUUAAGCAGGAAGGCACAAAAUGCCCUCGCCCUGGCCAAAAAGCACAAAUUCUGGGAAACCCAACCGGUUGGGCAAUUCAAGGAUGUGGAUAAUCGUAAGCUACCUGAAGGCCCAAUAGAAGAUCCCACCCCCUUGUCUGAGGUCAGGAAGGAGCCAUACAAUUUGCCCAAUCAGUAUGAGUGGUGUACUUGUGAUAUUGAUAGUGAGGAUACUCAAACUGAGAUUUACAAUCUGCUGACCAAUAACUAUGUGGAGGAUGAUGAGAACAUGUUUAGAUUUGAUUACUCUAAGGAGUUCCUGAAAUGGGCUCUCAGGCCCCCUGGCUAUUUCAAGAGCUGGCAUAUUGGUGUAAGGGUUAAGAACACCAGGAAACUGGUAGCUUUCAUUACUGGUGUCCCUGCCAAGAUCAGAGCUCGAGAUCGAUCUAUCCUCAUGGCAGAGAUCAAUUUUCUCUGUGUUCAUAAGAAACUCCGAUCCAAGAGGCUUGCACCAGUUCUGAUUAAGGAAGUUACAAGGAGAGUGCAUCUGGAGAACAUCUGGCAAGCUGCAUAUACAGCAGGGGUUGUUCUGCCUACUCCAAUUGCCACUUGCCAGUAUUGGCACAGAUCAUUGAAUCCUAAGAAGCUCAUAGACGUCGGAUUCUCAAGGCUUGGAGCUCGGAUGACAAUGAGCAGGACCAUCAAGUUGUACCGCCUGCCAGAGAGUACCAUCACUCCUGGUUUCAGGGCAAUGGAAAGGCAUGAUGUUCCUGCUGUCACUAGGCUUUUGCGGAAUUACCUGUCCAAAUUUGCUGUUGCCCCAGAUUUUAAUGAAGAUGAUGUUGAGCACUGGCUGCUUCCUACUGAAAAUGUGGUUGACAGUUUUUUGGUAGAAAAUCCAGAUACUCAUGAAAUUACAGAUUUCUGUAGCUUCUACACUCUUCCAUCUUCGAUCCUUGGCAAUGCCAACUAUUCUAUGCUGAAGGCGGCUUAUUCAUAUUACAACGUAUCAACCCAAACACCUUUGCUUCAAUUAAUGAAUGAUGCUCUUAUCGUGGCAAAGCAGAAAGACUAUGAUGUGUUCAAUGCUUUGGACAUCAUGCAGAAUGAAUCUUUUUUGAAAGAGUUAAAGUUUGGGCCAGGUGAUGGACAACUUCAUUAUUAUCUCUAUAAUUAUCGCAUCAAAGAUGCCCUGAAACCAUCAGAAUUAGGAUUGGUGCUUCUAUAGUUUUGGAUGAGCUGAACACUGUUGAACUUCAGAUGCAAAUAAUGUCGGGUCAAGGAAACUUCUAAUUUUAUGUACUUAUAACAUCUAUUUGGUUUGCAGAAUUCAUGGUAGUAUGCAUGUCUGAUGCAUUUUUCCACUGUUAUGUUUGCCAAAGGUCAUAAUCUUUGCCCUACAAGAAAUAGUUUCUUAUUUCUUUUGGCUCUCUUGGGAUAUGCAAACAGCUUGCGGGCUUAUACAUGUAAUUUCUUGGGUAUGGAUAAUGCAGAAUUUUUAUGUGGUUAGCUAUGCUCCCAUCUUUUGGGAUUCUGUUUUCUUCAUGUAUCAGGUUAUUAACUUUAUGUUCUCAGCACUGAAGUGGAUAAACUGUUUUGUUACAGCACUGUACAGUUCAAGUGGAUUGUAUCUUAUAUGAGACGAGAUUUGUUCUUUCCAAAUAAAAACUAGCAUGAUUUGGUGA